AAAAAAAAAAAAAAAGGAACAGUAUCCUCUACGAAACCCAAAACAUGUCACCUCCCGUCUUGGACCCGCUGGCCAAAGGUCACUUUCAAGACAACCCUGAAAACCCCUUCCGGGAGCUUGGGAUACACCAUGAGAUGGACCUGGAGAUGAGACACGAGCAACUCCCCAAGUUCGGUGACCCCAACGUGAAGAAGUUCAGCUACAAAAAGCUGAGCAACAUGCACAAGCGCAUUCGCCUGCUCACUCUCAACUCUGGGGCUAAAGAGACCAACGAGGUCGAGUGCCGGCUGUUUGAGGGCGAGAUCAGCCAGGGCCAGGUGCUGCGCGUGGAGAACGGCGCUGCCCUGAAGGAGGAGAUUAUUUCUUACGAAGCUCUCUCUUGGUCCUGGGGGACCCGGAAGCCCAUAUACCAGACACUGAUCCGCGAGGGCGACGAGCGGUACGAGAAGAAGGCGUCCCCGGACCUGGUGUGGGCUCUCCGGUUCCUGCGGUACCCAAACAGGGACCGGGUGCUCUGGAUCGACGCGCUGUGCAUCGAUCAGGGGAACGUGGAGGAGAAGAACCACCAGGUCCAGAUGAUGAGCCAGAUCUAUAGCUACGCUAGCAGCGUCUGCAUCUGGCUGGGCCUGGACGACUCCAACACGCACAUGGCCAUCAAGUUCAUCCGGGAGGAGAUCCUCCAGCUCGAGCAGUUCGACGACCUCUGCCAGAACUCGGAGAACUCGCAGAAGUGGCGGAGCCUGCUGCUGCUGAUGCAGAAGCAGUGGUUCUUCCGCCGGUGGGUGGUCCAGGAGAUCGCGCUGGCCCGGCAGGCCACCAUCUACUGCGGCCCGGACCAGAUCGACUGGAAGGACUUCUCGGUGGCGGUCGAGCUGUUUGUCGAGGUCGAGACGGCGACGCACCGGCUGAGCGAGGUCAUGAAGAAGGACCCCAACUUUUAUCACGUCCCGGGCUGGUUCGAAUACGUGAGCGCCCUCGGGGCGAGCCUGCUCGUCGAGGCCACGGGUAUGAUCUUCCGCUACUACAAGUCCAAGGCAGCCCCGAAGGGUCUACCCGCGAUCGAGGAGGCAGCAGACGCCGACAUCAAGAAACAGCGAGCGGAAUCUCCCGGGGAGUCGGAUUCGGGCGCCGAAAGCUCCGAGCUGCAGUACGACAUCCAUGAAAUUCCCGAAUCAGACGACGAGGGGCCAGACCAGCAGCGGGGCAUGCCCGAGCACUUAGCAAGCACGCCUGGAACGCCUGGCACGCCUGGCGCGGGCAAUUCCCAGGGACAGACGGACGUGAAGGAGCCCCACACGCCCGAGGACCCCAUCUCCCAGCGGCGGCCCCUGCUCAGCCUCGAGUACCUCGUCUCCCGGCUGUCCAUCUUCGAGGCCACCGAGCCCCGCGACGCCAUCUACGCGCUCCUGGCCAUCGCGAAUGACGGCUAUCCGGCCGCCCAAGGGUCGGGGGGCGAUACCCUGAGCUCGAUGCACGCGUACCUGGGCAGCCCGGCCGGCCAGCAGCGGCAAAAGGCGUUCCCCGUCGACUACGGGCGAUCCUACGCGGACGUGUGCCAGAACUUCAUCGAGUUCUGCAUCAAGAAGCCAAACGACGACUCCAGGGCCGAGCGAAAGGGGUGGACGCGCGAGAGGACGGACAGGACUCGAGCAAUGGACAUUAUAUGUCGGCCCUGGGCGCCCGAGCCCAAGCCCGGCUCUUCGAUACGAUCCACCCGCCCUGCUGGGCAGCAGAACCAGCGAAACGGGGCGUUGAUCGAGUACUGGAGAGACCACGGCAAGAAGAUCAAGAGUAUCCGGAAAGCCGCAUGGGAUAAACACAAGGAAAAGGCUAAGGAUUCAAAAAGAGGACCCCGCGCCAGAGACGAGUUCUUCAACCCGCCAUGGAAAAAGUACUUCCCCAGGAAGGACCCGCACAGCAAGCACGAGGCCGAAGACGACGAGGAGGCGGCCAAGCUGCCCUCCUGGAUACCCAGGCUGGCGGGCGCGCCAUUCGCCAUGCACAACCAGGCGGGCGUGCACAUCAUGAAGAUGGGCCGCAAGAACGCGGAUCCCCUGGUCGGCUUCCCCAGCUCGGUGCGCAACUACGACGCGGUGCAGGGGAUCGAGGUGGACAUGGACACGCUCGAGUUCCGCAAGAGCCGCCGGUUCGGGACGCACUCCAUGUUCAUCAAGGGCUUCGUGCUCGAGGAGGUCAAGGCCACUACGCACCCUUCGCAGUCCGGGAACAUACCGCAGGAGUGGCUGAGCAUGGCGGGGUGGAAGAUCAAGAACUUUGGCGACCCGGAAAGCGACAGCGGGCCCCCGGACGAGUUCUGGCGCACGCUCGUGGCCGACAGGGGGAGGAACAGCCGGAACCCGCCCUACUACUACAAAAAGGCGUGUAAGGAGUCGGUGUACAAGGGCGGCCUGCAGAGCGGGUCCGUCAACACGUCGGACCUCAUCAACAACGAGCGCAACUCCAUCGUCGCCCAGUUCUGCCGGCGCGUCCAGGCCGUCAUCUGGAACCGGCUGAUGGUCAAGACGGACCACGGGAACCUCGGCAUCACGGCCAAGGGCGUUAGGAAGGGGGACCUCGUGUGCAUCCUCUACGGCUGCAGCGUCCCCGUCAUACUUCGCGAGACCCAAAAGCCCAAGGACGAGCAGGACGAGGACAGCGGGGAGGAGGAGAUGAUGCGGGAGACCGAGAAGGUCAUGCGGCGCGGCAUGGCGACGAUGCAGAGCAACAAGAGGCGCAGGACUAAAUUCAAUGCCAUCCCCGAGGACCCCCAGCCGGAUUGGAAGCAGAGGCCUCCAAGAGCCCGGACGGGAGCCAAUGAGACAAAGCCUGAAGAGGGAGCCAAGGAGACAAAGCCCGAAGAGGGAGCCAAGGAGACAAAGUCCGAAGAGGUUCGCUGGGUUGGGCCCGAUGGGACACCAAAAUGUACAAAGAAGCAAGUCAGGGAAUGGCAGCGGGAAUACAACACGAAACCGAAGAAGGGGAAACCGAAGAAGGGGAAACCGGAGGAGGGGGUGCCAGGAAACUCCGACCAGGGGAGCAGCCGCGAACGCACCAGCGCACAGGAAAGCACGGACAAACGGGAGGAGGACGCCCGGAGCAAGGACAAGGUCGACGACUUUCUAAGGGCACCGAGGGUGCCGCGCAAGGUCUACUACAAGUUCCUGGGCGAGUGCUACAUCCACGGCAUGAUGGACGGCGAGGCCAUGUCCCGCAAGGCGGACUCGGAGGAGGCCGAGAUCGAGAGGCGGGACCAGUUCGACCUCUUCCGCAAGGAGCAGAAGCCGGCGGCGGGCAAGGGCAAAGAACCGGAGGGGAGGCAGGGGGUGUACGGGGUGCCGGAGGAGCUCAGGGACAAGGCCAAGGACGUGCAGGAGGUGAUCGCCAAACGCACAGAGUACCACCGGAAGCGAAAGGACAAGUACGUGGCCAUGCUGCAGGAGUGGGAGGACCUCGAGAGGAGCAUGAAGCCCAGGGUAUAUCCCGUCAAGGACGCGAGGAGGGCGCCCGAGUGGCUGCGGAGGCGAGCCGAGGCGGACCCGGAGCAGCAGGCCGAGGCGGACGGGUGGGACCACUUCAGGGACAAGCUGCGGUGCGACACCAUCUUUGAGCUGCGGUAGGCUAUGCGGUCCGCGGGUUUCCUGCCUUGGAUGCCUUGGCUUUGGUUGCAUAGGGUGUGAUGACCGCCAUCUCGCCACCAGCCUCCUCAACGUGCACUCAGGCGCCCUCCGUUCUUGGCGGGUAUCAUUGGGCCCGUUCGUUUCAAACAUGUUGUCGGCGCGGCACGGC